AUGCCGUUUCACGAUUUGAACAAUUUUGCUGUUGUAAUCUAUCUAUCUAUCUAUCUAUCUAUCUAUCUAUCUAUCUAUCUAUCUAUCUAUCUAUCUAUAAACGUCGUCCAAGAACGGCGUAAGUUUGGGCCUCUCGGUUGGAACAUUCCGUACGAAUUCAACACUUCCGAUUUCAACGCCAGCAUUCAGUUUGUGCAGAACCACUUAGACGAUAUGGAAAUAAAAAGAGGUGUCAAUUGGACGUGCGUACGCUACAUGUUAGGUGAAAUCCAAUAUGGCGGUCGGGUUACGGACGACUAUGACAAACGCCUUCUGAAUACCUACUGCCGGAAGUGGUUUGGUGAGAAUAUGUUUCCGACAAAUUUUGAAUUUUACCAUGACUACAUCAUUCCAAGGAACACAAAACUUCAGGAAAUUGUCGAUUACAUCAAUGGGCUCCCUUCAACCGAUUCUCCUGAAGUUUUUGGCUUGCACGGAAAUGCUGACAUAACGUAUUCUAGUAAGGCAGCCCAGUCAAUCUUGGACACAAUCCUCAGCAUUCAACCGAAAGACAGUAGCAGUGGUGGUGGUGAAACUCGUGAAUCGGUCGUCUACCGGUUGUGCGAUGACAUGUUGGAUAGUCUUCCUUUGGACUACGCGCCAUUCGAAGUCAAUCAACGCCUGGUGAAGAUGGGUGCCUUGGAACCUAUGAACAUCUUCCUCAAGCAGGAAAUCGACCGUAUGCAGAGAGUCAUCAUGACUGUCCGAACAACUCUGACUGACCUUAAGCUGGCAAUCGACGGGACAAUCAUCAUGAAUGAGAAUCUUCGCGAUGCACUGGAUUCUAUGUUUGAUGCACGUAUACCCACCUAUUGGCAGAAGAUUUCCUGGGAUUCCAGCAACCUUGGUUUUUGGUUCACAGAACUUGUUGACAGAAAUUCCCAGUUUCGUAGCUGGUGCUUUGAAGGUCGACCAAUAUCUUUUUGGAUGACAGGAUUCUUCAAUCCACAAGGCUUCCUCACCGCAAUGAGACAGGAGGUGACUCGUAAACACAAACAGAAGGGCUGGGCGUUAGACACCGUCAUCCUGCAGAACGACGUGACCAGCAAGAAAAAAGAAGACACCAUCAUUCCCCCCUCUGAAGGGGUUUACGUAUAUGGCUUGUAUUUGGAAGGUGCCGGUUGGGACCGCAGUGGAUGUCGCCUGGUCGAACCAAAGCCGAAGAUUCUUUUUGAGCCUCUGCCAGUUGUUCACAUCUACGCCGUAAAUCAACCACGUGUGCUGGACAACAGAAUCUACGUUUGUCCCAUAUAUAAAAAACCAAGACGGACCGAUCUGACAUACAUUGCAAGCAUCACGCUACGAACCGAUACGAACGCAGAUCAUUGGGUCUUGCGGGGCGUGGCUCUCCUCUGUGAUAUGAAAUAA